AUGACCAAACGAUUGAAGUUACUGCCAGAGCCUCGACCCGAGACUGUCACAGCGGAACAGUCACAUGCCGACAGCCAAUCAGAAGCCGUUAUUAGAACAACGCGACUUGGGAGAGUUAUAAAAAGACCACUUCGAAAAUCAAAUCUUAAAAGACAUUUUAACAACGUCCAUAAGUUAGACGAGGACUUCGUCAGUGAGGCCUUAAAUACCCCGCGGAAGAAGAUUCAACGACACAGCUUCAUGGAGACCCGGAAACCGGUGUACGUUAUGAGUGACUUUUAUGAGGACAUUUCCUCCGAUGAGGAAGAGAUGCAUUAUGCUGAGACUGCGCAGCCACUCGUUACGGACUCUUAUCAGGACUUAGACAUCAUUUCAGUGAAUUCGGAAGACCUGCCGGAAAUAAAUGACGCUUUUGUUAGUGAAAUUCUGGGCGACAUAGAAGAGGAAGAAACGUGUGCGCGACCAACAGAAGAAUCUCUCGAGUCACCAGACGUGAGCGAAGCCGCGAACUCGUUAUCAGAGGACAGUGAUAUGUAUGACAUGGACGAUAACAACAAUCGCGUAAGUGUCGAGACGUCAACCAUAUGCCUGGUGAUGGAGAAGACGAUUCGGACUAAUCCUGACGGCACCGAGGAGAUUAAUCGCGAAUCUCAAAUUAUCUACUCAGAGAACGUAAAUACAGAGGAAGUAGAAUUUCGUGAUCUUGCCGAGGAGAUUCUGGAUGAGGUUCCGCGACACCUAGCGCCGAGUGCCCGUGUGCGGAUAGUAAAGGGAGAUUUGUCCUUGUGA